AUAUGGCAUACUUGGAAUCCACUUGCAUUUGUGAAAACAAAUUCUCUCUUAUCAUUCCACAGAUUAAAAUUCUGUUCAGUUGUUGUACUGCUAGAACAGGCUAACGGACAUAGAAUUUCCGGCUAACGCCGAAUAAAAAAAUCUUUAUCGUCCCAAAAUGAUUGUUGUUUUUUAAAUAAUCUUCAAGUUGUAAAAGGAGGGGUCAUUCCCCUUGUGGGAUGGCUACCUACAGCUUACGGCGGUGUGCACUUUUUCCCUCCGCAUCACUACUUCUUCUGGUCAUGCGCUUGGGAAAGUAUGCAAAAAUUUUCAGGCAACUGGAACUUGCUUGCUUUUUUUUGCUUUACUUUCCCCCCCCCCCCCCCCCACUUUAGUCAACUCAAGUCGUCAUGGGUUCUCUGAAUUUUUGGCCAUUGGGCUUUUGCAACCUUUUUUCAUCACAAUCUGUCUCAAAAGACUGUAACACCCAAUCGUGGUUCACUUUUUCACUAGAUAUUUCUGGAUUGCUCGAGGGAGGAUGUUUCUUGUCUAUCUCAGCAUCCAAAAUGGCAUUUCUAUGCUCACUUUUAUAUCUCAUUUUAGUAGUCCUUUUGACGCUUGUCCGGUUCCACAAAAUAGACUAGUAGAAAUGAGUCUAAAUAUAUAAUAUAUAUAUAUAUAUAUAUGAACACUGUUUUAAAAGUAUCCUUAACCAAAAUUUGUUGAAGACACUUACAUUGUUGCUACACAUGCAUCCAUAUAUAGUUGGAGGGAAAUGCCAUUAGAGAAAGCUUUACAGAUCUAAUGUCAAGAUUUUCAGCCAGUUUCCUCAACAAUUUACAAAUCAGCUUCCCAAUUAUGCUUCAAAUGUGUAGUACUAAAAGUAUGUAAAACCAUGAAAGUGAAAUGAGCAAAGCAAAUGGCAAUUGCUCAUAAUUUCACAUGUGAAUUGGUUGUCUAUGCCAUACCUCAAGUCUCACAGAGUCUCUGUUACAUCACCAAUUUACCAUCAUCAAGUCAUCAACUAUUCAACUCUACUAAAGACUGGCGUUUCAAAAACAAAAAAAAAAAAAACUAAAGACUGGCGGAAAGUUUAAUGCUAAGACUAGUGGGUCCCUAUCCUUCUGAAAAUCUUGACCAAGCCCAAACACAAAAAAGGGCCCCAACCACCUCUAUCAGCUAGAGAAAACUGUCCUCUAUUUAUUUUGAGCACCUCGCAUGGCAGAUGGCAAACUACGUUCUAGGCUUUCUAGCAAACAACAACCCCUUUCUAGCUUAUCUGAUUGAUCCAUAAUCUUAUCUCUCUAACUGCAAUUUUUUCCUUUUAUAAGUUGGAAAGAGGGCUUUUUUUUGUUAUUGGAAAGGCUUUGAAAAAGGAAAGAUAUAAUGGCGAAAUUCCUUGCUUUGAUGCUCUUGGCACUCCUGGCCAUCACUGUGCUUCAAGAAACUGCAUUGGUGAGUCUUCUUCUUCCACUUUUCAAUUGUUCAUGAAAAUGCCGUAAUAUCCAUCUGGAAUGAGGUGUUCUAACACCAUGUUUCUGCUCCAAAUGUUGCAAUUUGUAGGUGUUGGCAUCUAAAGGAGGGCAUCAUCACAAAGGGGUCUGCAUUCUGCUCAUUAUUCCUCUUUUUUUGUUUCAUUUUUUUUCACCAUGGUUUUUUUCACUAUGGUCCACUCACAUUUAUGAUUUAUCUGCUCAUCUUACUCUUGUCUUUUUCGAUUUCAGAACUAUGGCCCUGGAAGUCUCAAGAGUUCCCAAUGCCCGUCACAAUGCGCGAGGAGAUGCAGCAAAACGCAGUACCACAAGCCUUGCAUGUUCUUCUGCCAGAAAUGCUGCAGCAAGUGCCUCUGUGUUCCCCCUGGCUUUUAUGGCAACAAAGGUGUUUGCCCUUGCUACAAUAACUGGAAGACCAAAGAAGGAGGACCCAAGUGCCCUUAAUUUAAUCAAUUUAGGCCCCCUUUUAAGACCAAGAAUUGAUGAAACUGUUCUAAUUAUCUUGUCUUUUCUACUUAUAUCGCACAAUUCCUAUCCAUGUUGUAUUUUGGAAUGUGGAAUGUGGAACAGAAACUGUUAAGCUGCUUAUUUAGUUUGAUAACUAGCUGUUACCUCUUAAGACUAGUAUCAUAAUCUAUGUGGUUCUGCUCUGCUGCCGCAGAGCGUGUGUUAUUUGAUGAUGUUUGUCGCAGAAGAACUACUAAUUAUUACGCAUUUUAUCGUUUUAAUUAUGUUGAAGCUGUUUGAUUGUUAAAUGUGUGCCUGAAUUAAUGUAGGUCCUCUCUAUUCUGAUCAUACAUAACUAGCUAUCAUCCUGUUGCGUACAGAAGCCUUCUGUAAUCGGGCAAUCAAUUAAAGUAUUUCUCAGUUCACUACACAUUACUAGGAUCAAACCGAUUUCAUCUUCAAAAUCAAAAUGUGAGCGAAAAAUAUAAGAAAUUGAUAGUGUAAUGCGGACUGCAGCAAAUGUAAGUGCAUACCUCUGUCAAUGUAUAACAGGCUUAUAGCUUUUGAAUGGAAAUCCAUAAAGGUUGGCAGACGUAACUAAAGGGGUCUCUUUCUACUACGCCAUAGAAUCGUUCUAUACGUCCAUCUAUAAGAUCAUAAAUCCCAAUAUCAUUCCUGCCUCCAACUCCAAUUCCAACAUAGCCCGUAAAAUAUAUACAAUUACUCUUGAUCCCACAUCUUUCCGCUUCCCUUUCCGGGGCAAAAUGCAGCAUCGCCCCC